AUGACCGAUUCGAAUAAACGUUUUAAGACUUCUAAGAAAGUGCUCAAUGCAGGGAAAGGUACUCUUCCUGAAUAUCGAGCAGGCACUAAAGCAAUUUUUCAUUACGAAGCUCUAUGUCCUCGAAAUGAUGCAAAUAUUGAGGGUUUCCCUGAAUCUAGAGAUUGUUUUGAAUCGAUUGAUGAUACAAGGAAGCCCUAUCCAGAUGGUUACGGAAGGCCGAUGGAAUUAGUAUUUGGUAAAAAGUUUCAGUUGCCAGUUUUCGAAAUGUGUUUACAAACAAUGCUUGUAGAUGAGGUGUCUGAACUCUAUUCGUAUCCACAUGUCUCUAAAACUUUGAGAGAUAUAUCAAAAAAUGCUGGUAAUGAAAUGAAAAACAAAGAACACCAUCAUUCACACUGCGGUGCGAUGUUUGCCAUAGACACAGGUUAUCCAGCGUUGAAUGAGCUGGCAAAAACUCCUAAGUCACUUAGGUUUAUAUUUCAUUUAAUCGAUGUCCUUCAACCAGAAAGUUAUGAGCCUGAAGGAUGGCAGUUGAAUCCUGUUGAGAAAAUGGCUAGCAUUUCACGACUCAGACAGUCUGGGAACGAAUUUUUCAAGAAAGGUGAUUUUUAUAGUGCUUCUUCAAACUACCGAGAAGCCCUCGGACGCAUUGACACUCUUUUGCUAAGAGAAAAGCCAGGCGAUGCUGAAUGGGUAGAAAUCGAUCAGCAGAAUAUCCCUUUGUAUCUAAAUCUUUCGCAAUGUUUUAUCAAUAUGAAACAAUAUUAUGAAGCUAUCGAAGCAGCCUCAGAAGUUUUAAAAAGAGAUGAGAUUAACGAGAAAGCAUUAUUUCGACGAGCUAAAGCUAGAAUUGCUGUAUGGGAUCUGGAAAAGGCAGAAGAUGACCUUAAAAGAUUACUGAAAGUGAAACCUGAGUUAGCCAAUUUGGUAGAUGCCGAAAUGGUAAUCAUUCGAAAAUUGGCACAAGAAAGAACCAAGAGCGAUAAAUCGGUAUAUAAAAAUAUGUUCUAA